AAUAUCACAGCAGUCAUCUCCAAAGGACUCAGGCACCAGAGACGACCAUAAUGCAGGGCAAAGGAAUACAAGGCUUGCUUACAUACAGAAGAGUUGUAGGCUUCACUUUCCAAGGCACCUGCUGCUUUUGCCACCAUGGAUGAUGCUGCAGUCCUCAGAAGAAAAGGUUACAUCAUGGGGAGCAAUUUAGGGGAGAGCUCUUUUGCCAAAGUGAAAUCUGCCUACUCAGAGCGCCUGAAAUUUAACGUGGCAGUGAAAAUUACCGACAGGAAAAGAGUUCCUGCUGAGUUCUUGGAAAAAUUUCUCCCCAGGGAACUGGAGAUAUUGGCAAAUGUAAACCAUUGUUCCAUCAUCAAGAUAUAUGAGAUCUUUGAGACAUCUGGCAAAGUCUAUAUAGUCAUGGAGCUCUGUGUACACGGAGACUUACUGGAGUUCAUCAAGAGCAACCGGGGUUUACCUGAAGGAGUAGCACGGAAAAUGUUUCGCCAGCUAUCUUGUGCCGUCAAAUACUGUCAUGAUUUGGAUAUUGUCCACAGGGACCUGAAGUGUGACAACAUCCUACUGGACAAAGACAUGAACAUCAAGCUGUCUGACUUUGGCUUUUCCAAACGGUGCUUUUGGGAUGAGAAUGGGAGAAUGAUCCUUAGCCAAACCUUCUGUGGCUCGACUGCUUAUGCAGCUCCUGAAGUGAUACAAGGUAUUCCCUAUCAGCCCAAAGUUUAUGAUAUAUGGAGUCUAGGCGUCAUUUUGUAUGUGAUGGUUUGUGGGUUUAUGCCAUAUGAUGACUCCAAUGUUAAGAGAAUGGUCCGCCUACAGAAAGAGCGGAGAGUAAUCUUCCCAGACUUCUUGACACAAGAAUGCAAAGAUCUUAUUUUCCGAAUGCUGCAGCCCAAUGUGUCCCACCGGCUACAAAUUGAAGAUGUUUUGAGCCACACUUGGGUGCAAGGGAAGCACCGGAAGUCAUACCACACAUGCUUGAAUAAUCAAUAAACCACUAAACACACAAAAGCACAAGCAUGGAGGGUAAGCGAGAUCUAUUUUUAAUCAGCUGUCCCACUGCUGAGGACUGUAACUGUUGCUAUGAUCAAUGCUUUCCUUUGCUCAAUGUGCCCUGUCAUUUUCACUGUGAGAUCUUAUAACCAUUUUCACAUUUAGAAACCAGCUACGUCGCAGACAGCCCCCAUGUGAAACAACAUCGUUGCUGUUGGGGUUACUGUGAAUGUCAGCUUUUGAUGUCACACAGACAUUUUCCUUCCAGUGCUGUAGCCAGCAGUUUCAGCCUCUGCCAUCCCACCAUUACCUCACUUAUUGGCAUCAGAAGUGCACAUUGGUCCUUUCCAUGGAGAGGCAAUAUCCUGUGCCAAAGAAAUUAGAAACUAUGAUUGAUGUGACAUGCCAGAGAAGUGAGAACUAACCUCAGAGUUAUCUAGGAGUGAUCUUCUAAGAGUGUAAUAGGAAGAGGGCUUAUCAGCAGGGAAUUGGGAAGGAGGGCUGUGGGGGUUGGAUAAGAUAUGGGCUACUAGUUUGAGAGGCAACCAUGACAGAGGCCAGGAAUAUCUUCAGAGUACUUUGCUUGCUUUUCUCAGCCUCAGAGAUCAUUACUUCUUGUUCUUCCUCCUAAUGAUCUCAACAGAGCUCUCUGCCAAUCAGGGAGGGGGCACAGGCUCAGUUCUUUGGUGCUGGAAUUUAAUAGCAAGGAAGCAAUUUGUAAUACCGUCAGGCCAGAAGUAAAGGUAGCACUAACAUCUAAGGCCCUGUUCACACUGCAACUUUGAAGCAAGUCUGUAAACAGCUGAUGCCACUUUUGGCACUAAACCUGCUUUGUAUCACAUAUCAAUAUACCAUACAAAUGGCUGGAUCUGUUGGUAGCUCUGCCAGCUAAGUGUUUUGCCUCUCCCAGUAGCCUUGGAUGCCCCAAUGGAACCAGUUCAAGGAAGGAGAUUGGGUUUGUUUAAUUUUUGUGGGGGCUGAAGCCCCUGCCCAGGUUUGUGUAACAAAUCUGGUCCUCCUUCCUUCCUUCUCCUAGCUCUACGAAUGAAGACAUCCCAGAGUGCACUGCACCACAUACUGCUAACUUCAGCAUGUGGGUACAUAAACUCAUCACGUACCCUGUCCCCUGCUGAGACACUGUGGGACAAUUCACCUGUUUUCCCGGAAUUCACUUGCUUCUGGGCAGCACAAUAGGCGAGGCAAGACGCACAAAUACACUGAUGACAGGAAAGCAGCUGUGUGACACAGAUGCAAAAUCAUGGGGCAAAGGUAUUGUGCAGGCAGAUAAUCUGACACCCUGCAGACUGUCUCAUUUCCUGCUCUAGUGAACCUCAUUUACCAAGGACCUGCUGUCAAAUGAUGUGUGGCAACCUUUUAAUACUUUGCUUCCUGAGGAAACAGCAUGCUCCAGUGGCCCUGGGGCAGUGGGCUUGUAGGAGACUAGUGUUUCUCUCCCAUCGCAACCCUUGAUUCACUCUGUGAUCUUAGAAGCAUCACCUUAGCAUUUAGAAACUUAGGACUAUAAGGGACCUGCUGGGUUAUCAAGUCCAAUCCCCGACUAGCACAGGCACCACAUCCUAUGAUUCUUUUCCUAUACUUCUCGUGCUCCUCCUGAAAGGUAGUUGCAGGGAGGGGGGGAAGGGUGUUUGCCCCCUUCUCCUUUGUACAGCUCAGGGAUGAAUAACAGUAGAAAAGUCAAGAGGAAAUAAAGAUUGUAACUUAACUGAGCAAUGGAAUUGUUUAAUAAUAUAUCAAUAAAAGCAGCAUCUCUGUGUCCAUGUACGCUUGGUGCAUUGCAAAACACAACAGAAAGAGAAAGGGCUGAAUCCUGAGCAACAGGAGCAAGGUUUGUCCUUAAUCUCUCAAGGCAGGAAUGUCAAACUCACCUUGCCUCGUGGGCCGGAUCCUG